AUGGGGUACGUGCCAAUGCAUAUGCCCACCGGGGCCGCCCAGGGCGGCGAACCCCCCUCGCGUCCCGCCCGGCCGUCUCGCGUCCCCUCGGGCAGGUUGGAGUCGAUCCCGGAGCAGCGCCAGGUCGAGCUCGGCCCCUCGUCGCAGCAGCAGGACAGGCCGCUGCCGGGCAUCGGCUUCGUCGCGGCCACCAUGGGCCAGGGCCCGCCGCCGCAGGGCUACGUGCCGCCCGACCUCGCCGACGCCAUGGCGGCCCGGGCCAGGCAGGUCCUCCGCGCCGUGCCCCCGAGGCAGCGCGUCGACCCGGACUCGCCCACGACGAGGCUCACCGACUUCCUCCAGAACGGCGGCGCCGCCCGCGUCGCGAGCCUCGAGGUCAUGAUACGGCCACCGGGGGACGGGCCGCUCUACGUCGAGGUGGCCGACAGGAACGGCGGAUCCGCCGCAGAGAGCAGCAGCCCGCCUAGCAGCCCCGAGCACCCGGCGGCGGCGGGCUCGGGCGACAGCAGCAGCAGCAAGCGGCGGCGGGCCGUGACGGCGCCCUUCACGCGGCAGCGGCGCGCCAAGACGGCGCCGACGGCGGCGUCCACGGUCGAGGAGGAGCUGCUCCGCAAGGUCGAGCUGCACCGCGAGCAGCUCGCCGGCGCGCUCGCGUGGCUGGCGCACGCCGUCGCCGAGCGCGACCACUACUCGCGCGAGAAGGCCCGCCUGUACGACAUCCUCGAGCGCGACAGGGCGCUGUAUGAGGAGGCCGUCAACACGGCCCCGGCCGCCAGCCCGCCGGGCUCGCCCAAGGCGGGUCCUGCCGCUGUUACUACUACUGCUAUUACUAUUACUACUACUGCUGCUGCUGCUGCCUCCCCUGAGUCUCCCCCGCCCGCCGCUACCACUGCCGUUGCCGCCGACGACGCUUGGAGGGAGUGGACGCGCUCCUCGCCCCUGAGCUGGGCCGACGCCUCGUCACCGCCUGCCCCGCCGCAGAGGAACCACCGCCGGCGGCUCCCCUCUGUCCCAACCACCGCCGGCUCGCCCAUCGCGGCCGCGGCCCCGACCGCGUCGUACCUCCCAGCCCUCCACCCCUCGGACAGGCCGCCGCCGCCCCCGCGCGACCCCAGGGCCACCGUCACCGCCGCCGCCGCGGACAAACCCCCCAGGCACAAGGCCGGCAUGCCCAAGUUCCGCUACGCGUACGGCGGGUCCACGGCGCAGCGCCGGCAGCAGCUCGAGUCGCACCUCACUUUAUGGCGGUGA